GAAGCCGGCAUCGGCAUCACGCCGACAUUACAAGAAAAUCUUGAACAUUAGGCAGCCAUCAUUAGACUCGGUUGUAUGCAUUUCGUAGUGUAGUUGCUAAGACAUUUGUCUUUCAUCAAAAUCGCAGAUUGCAACUAUCUGAACUGCUAGUGAGAUUAUUUUAAUUGAUUGAUUGUAUAUUUGGUUUUUACUAUGUCGGAAGAAAAGAAGGACUCGAAAGGAUCUGAAUCGGAGCACAUUAACCUGAAAGUACUGGGACAGGAUAAUGCCGUGGUGCAGUUCAAAAUAAAAAAGCAUACACCUUUGCGAAAAUUAAUGAACGCCUACUGCGACCGUGCCGGUUUGUCUAUGCAAGUUGUACGAUUCCGCUUUGAUGGCCAGCCAAUCAACGAAAACGACACUCCAACUACAUUGGAAAUGGAAGAAGGUGAUACGAUCGAAGUGUAUCAACAGCAAACCGGCGGAAAGCUUUAUUUUUAAUUCUAAUUUUAACUGAAUAAUCAAUAAAUACCAUUCUUUCAA